AUGGACAAGGCGGUCAAUCUUCCUCGUGGGUACGGAUACGUUGAGUUCAAGAUGAGAGCUGAUGCCGAGAAGGCGCUUCUUUACAUGGAUGGUGCUCAAAUUGAUGGGAAUGUUGUUAAAGUGAAAUUCGCACCUGCACCGGGCCAAAAAGCUGCUGUUUCUUUGCCAAAGGCUCUUCCCAAUCCUCCGAAAAGAGAUCUGCCUGAGACUGAUACAGUUGUUCCUAAUGCUGAAAAGGCCACUCAGCAGCGACCCAGGGAAUUAUCUACUCAAAGAAAACCAGCUCUGUCUCCACAAAGGCGACCUGCUCCAAGCGGAAGGGUUGACUCACCUAGGCGGCAGCCUGAUGCACCACCAAUUCACCCUUGGAAAGAUCCUCCUCUAUUCAGGCGCGGCAGAACACCUCCUAGCCUGAGACCAGGAUAUCCAGUUCGAAGACGGUCUCCCUCUCCACCCCCUCGAAGGUUCAGAUCACCAAGGCGCUUUUCACCAAGAAGAGGUUAUGUUAGUCCAGUCCGAAGACGUUCUCCAUUCGCUCCUAGAAGGAUGACACCUCCAAUGCGGAUGAGAAGUCCUCCAAGAAGGCUGCCACCUCCUUAUCGUCGUAGCAGAUCUCCAAUUCGUCGACCAAUUCGCUCCCUUUCCAGAUCAAUUUCUCCCGUCAGGGGCCGGGCAGCUCCUGUGAGGCGUGGGCGGUCAUCCUCGUCAUGUUCUGACUCACCAACGCCGCCAAGAAGGGGAGCCGGAAGGGUACUGAGAAGUCGCAGUCCUCAAAGGCCCUUUAGAGGGAGACGGAGAAGUGCCUCUAGCUUCAGCAAUAGUAGUGGUUCGUCCUCCCCUAUCCGCCGUUAG